AUGCCGUCUGCACCACAAUGGAUGGACCAGGAAGAUCAUACCCUGAGCAUGGCUAUAGUCACUCACAGUCUCAAUCCGACCAUCGGCACAGACCAGAAGUCAGAGACGCUGUACAACAAAAUCUAUGCUGAUUAUCUGUCAAAGCACCCGGUCCCGGCGCGCAAAGCCGCACCUAAGGAACAGCAGCCAGACACCACUCCUCUGGCGCAGCGCAAGUUGACAGCCGUCAUCAGUCGAGUCAGACUCAUUCAGCGAGUCCUCACCAGAUUCGCGCCAUACUACCGAAAAGCAGCGUCGGCCAAGGUCAGCGGCGCCAAUGAAUCUGAUGUCUUGUCCGCUGCCAUCACGGACUUCGAUACGAAUGUAUCUUCGGAGACAAUCCAUGUGCGCACCUGCUGGAGAAUUUUAGGAUUGCAUCCGAAGUGGCGAGGCAUGGGUGAGGACAAGGAGUUGACCGCCAGUCUCGAAGCGCAGAGACGAAGGAAAAGGGCUGAGCGAGACAACGAUGCCGAAGACAGUCAGGGGCAGGUUGCUUUGAUCGAUCACAAACGACCAAAGGGCGAGAAGGCUGCAAAAGCUGCAGCACACAAGGGUGUAAACUAG